AUGGGUAAGGGACUGGGUGUGAGCGUGAGGGUGGAAGAGCCGGGAAUGGAGGAGCAGCGGAGGAUGUGCUUGAAGGGGGCGUGGAGGAUGGGCGAUGAUCAGGAGCGGGAGGAGAGUUUCGGUGGCUUCAAGAGGGGUGAUCAGAAUACUGUGCAAGUGGUGCUUACUUUGACUGUUGAGAAGCUUCGAUGGCAGGUGUGGCAGAAGCCGGGGCAGAGUGAAAAGUGCAGUACAGAUCAAAGCGGAAUGUCCGAUAACGAUCUUCUCUGGGAGCUGUGA